UCCGUCCCUGCGUUCCUCUAAUAUAUAGAUAGUUAUACUCGUAUGUAUAUAUAUACACACGCAGAGGAGACACAUGGGUAUGAUAGGUUGGCGUUGAAAUUGACGAAUAGAUAGGGGAAGAUGGGGGUUGAUCUGGAAUCAAUAUCGGAGGCAACCUCAGGUGCCAUUGGAUCACUGUUGAGCACCACCAUUUUAUACCCUCUUGACACCUGUAAGACCAAGUACCAAGCUGAGGCUCGCGCUCAUGGCCAACAAAAAUACAGGAAACUCUCAGAUGUUUUGUGGGAAGCAAUUUCAACGCAUCGGGUUCUUUCGUUAUAUCAGGGCCUUGGGACGAAAAAUUUGCAGUCCUUCAUUUCUCAGUUUAUAUACUUUUACGGGUAUAGUUACUUCAAAAGAACCUAUUUGCAGUGGAAUGGUUCUAAAUCAAUUGGUACAAAGGCAAACUUGGUAAUAGCUGCUGCUGCUGGGGCUUGCACUGCAAUAAUUACUCAGCCUCUGGAUACAGCCUCCUCAAGAAUGCAGACAAGUGAUUUUGGGAAAUCCAAAGGUCUGUGGAAAACCCUGACAGAGGGCACUUGGAGUGAUGCAUUUGAUGGCCUUGGGAUAUCUCUUUUGCUGACCUCUAACCCUGCAAUUCAGUAUACUGUAUUUGAUCAGUUGAAACAAAGGCUCUUGAAUGAAAAACAAACUAAAAGGGACAAGGGUUCAUCACCAGAGGCUCUUUCUGCCUUCAGUGCGUUUAUGUUAGGGGCACUCGCAAAGAGCAUUGCCACCAUUUUGACAUACCCUGCGAUCAGGUGUAAGGUAAUGAUUCAAGCUGCAGAUUCAACUGAUGAUGACACGAAGAAAGCUCGUCCAAAAUCCCGUAAAACAGUGCCUGGAGUUAUCUAUGCUAUUUGGGGAAAAGAGGGCUUGAUGGGGUUUUUUAAGGGAUUACAUGCUCAGAUAUUGAAGACUGUCCUAAGUUCAGCAUUGCUUUUGAUGAUCAAGGAAAAAAUCGCUGCGACGACGUGGGUCCUUAUACUUGCAAUCAGAAGGUAUUUGUUGCUCACCCGGGUUAGAGUAAAAAGUUCUUGAAAGAUAGGGGUAUUCAGAAGCUUAAUAUCACAUGUAUAGAGGCUUCAGUUGUUUUCAACAAAAUAUAUGACUUUCUAGAUUCAAUUUUCCAAAUGCGAAUCUCGCGGUCUUAGCAAAUAAAAGUUCAAGAAGCUAGAUAGGAUUCAUAAUCUAGGGGAGCGCAAUGCUCGGAACGAUUUUUGGAUUUGAGGAAUAACCAAAUGCGGGAAGUUUUACUCUGCAAAGACAAUGUUCAGUUAUCGUGUAACAUUUACAAGGCAUGUUCUGAAAUUUGAUGGACCUUUUUCCUUUCCUUUGUGGUAUGAAUAGUGAAUUCCUUUCUUGCCU